AUGGACGGGAAAGAACACGAAACACCCAAAGAGCUGCUCACACUGCUCGAGGGGAGCCUACGCUGCUGCUUGCGAUACACCAAGGCUCUGCCGCGGAACUUCUCGUACCCUGAUCACGUCCGGAGUAUUAUUAAAUCUUUACAUGAGGAGAUCAUGAAGACAGCUGGUCAAGCUAAUUUGGAUGAGAACCAAGACAUAGUCACCAACCUUACACCAGUAACACCGCCGUUGCUCACUACGUCCGCUGUGACCGAGUCUGUCCAAUCAGAAGUUACGCACCUUGACGCGACUUCGCGCUUUCUUUCCGACGGCCCGAAGGAGGCGUUUGGACCCAUAGAAAGUGGAAGGUGCGAGGAGGUGCAAACGGUAGCGCUCCCAACGAAAUGUGAGCUUCAACCUGAAAAUGCGCAACCAGCCUCGGCUGUAUCCAUUCCAUAUGAACUCCUGGUCCACAUCCUGGACCUGGCGUGCGCCCCAUCAUCACUCAUUGACCCUCAUAUACGGCGCGGACCGAAAUCAGCUUGGUCUCAAAAUCUGCGCUUCCAGAAAGCAUUAGCAUCUGUGUGUAAAGCUUGGUGGGAGCCGGCACACGAGUUGCUGUAUCACCACGUUGUCAUUCGACGCCUUGAACAGCUACCCCUCUUAUUCAGGACGCUAUUGGACAACGCUACGCUACGGUCCCUAGUAAAAGAGAUUAGCGUGCUCUGUCACAUUGUAACCGGACACCGCCGCCUACUCGAUCUGUCACUCGCGAUGAUCCUGUCUGCCUGCCCAAAUAUUAGCCGAAUCGCGUAUAAUCCCACCUUAGAUGGCCCUAUCUCUCCGGUUACUGGAGCCGUCCCCGACUUCGUACCAAAGGAACGCCUCUCUCAGAUAAUCCAUAUCGAUUUGGGAGCACUGCACACAGUCCCAGAGUUGGCCCGUUUUUCCAACAUCACCCUGCUCUCAUGCGAUGCGGGGAACUUUGCGCAUGCUCUUGACGAUAAACCGUACACAUUCCGUGUCCUCGAGGAGCUCAGGUUGUCGUGGUUCUCCCCUAUCGUUGCUACGGUCUUCAAGAAAUUCUCCCCCGUAGUCUCUGGUCUACAUCUCCCUGCUCUACGCCGGCUCACGUUUUUACUUCAGUGGAAUAAUGUAGAAGCAAGCGUAAACUGCGGACGCUUCCUGGAUUGGCAUGGCUCACAGCUGCGGUUCCUUGCGGUGGACUCUACGAGCUUUCCAAGAAUCCGGGGCUUGAGCAAGUCUCUCACAGGCGAAGUUGUCCAAAAAUGGCUUGACAAGUGCCCGAUGCUCGAACAUCUUGUGGUACCCCGUAUAGAAGGCAUGAAGCUUCUCAGGCACCCAAAUCUACACUCUAUAGACAUAGUGGAUGACGUGUAUAAUAAGGACGGUACACAGCCUACACCUUAUACUAUGUCCGGCCCAACAGGCAAUGGCGUACCUCGCCUUCGUGCAACGCGCCUUCUCGAUUGCGCACUCUUCAAGCAAGUCGGGCCCACACUCCCCCUGUUAAUCCCGCCCGAGCGCUUCACUACGGCCAGACCAGUUAUGUCGUGGUUUUAUCCUGGACUGAUGAUUUGCGCGACCGAGCACGUCGUAUGCUCUCUUGACAUGGAAUGUCUGCGAGUCUACGGAUUUUCUCUGUCAGAAGACCCGGAUCUAUGGGAAGAGUCAGACGGAGAAAAGAAUAUGGAAUUCAUGGAGGGCGUGAACGAACACUCUGAAUCCAGGGAUAGCGAGGGCGUGGACUCAGAUGACGAGACGUACGUGUAUGAAUCGGGAUCGUUGUCGGAGUCGGAGUCAAGCGAGAUGUCGGAUGAUGCGGUUUCCGAAGCUGGCGCUGAAGGCCCGGAAGUGGAUCAGGCCAUAGCAGCACUGGAUACAUUUGUGGUUGUAUCCUGGGUCAUCGGCACCAUAACGCGUCCUAGUUGAACAUGGCCUCCUGACGUCGAGGGAACGAAUAGCCUGGCUUUUGUACCUCCUCUACACCAUCCUUGGCGAACAUCGUAGCAUCAGUCUCACCUAGUUCAUGUCAGAGUCAUAUCAAUACACCGUAAUAAUUGUUAUACUCUGGUAU